UCUUCCAGUUACAACACCUAGUCCACCUCCGAGACCUUGGAUACCUCUAGCUAGGCCAACAACAAAUAGACCAACAUGUAUUUUUACUGUGAUGUGUUACAACGUGCUGUGCGACAAAUACGCAACUCGGCAGAUGUACAGCUACUGUCCGAGUUGGGCAUUAGCUUGGGAGUACCGGAAAAAGGGCAUCCUGGAGGAGAUCCGUCACUACGGCGCCGACAUCAUCAAUCUGCAGGAGGUGGAGAUGGAGCAGUUCUACAACUACUUCCUACCCGAGCUGAAAUCUGACGGCUACAAUGGGAUCUACAGUCCCAAAUCUAGGGCAAAGCACAUGGCGGAGAGCGAAAGGAAAUACGUCGACGGCUGCGCCAUUUUUUAUAGGGUAUCCAAAUUUACGCUAGUGAAAGAAUAUUUAGUAGAAUUCAAUCAAUUGGCCAUGGCUAACGCGGAUGGUUUAGAACACAUGUUGAAUAGGGUAAUGCCAAAGGAUAAUAUCGGAUUAGCAGCUUUAUUACAAACUACAGAAGCAGCAUGGGAAAACAGUUCUGCGGAUGCUGUAUUCCUGCAACAACCUAUCUUAGUAUGCACGGCACACAUUCAUUGGGACCCAGAAUUUUGCGAUGUUAAACUCAUACAAACCAUGAUGCUAUCUAACGAACUCAAGUCCAUACUCGAUGAGUCUGCACAGACGCUCAAAACGAGGGAUCUCUGCACAGAUCCUAGUAACAUACAAUUGGUAUUAUGUGGUGACUUCAACUCGUUACCUGACUCAGGGGUGAUAGAAUUUUUGGGUAUGGGCAGGGUAUCGCAAGAUCAUAAAGAUUUCAAAGAUUUGAGUUACAAGUCCUGCCUGGAGAAGAUUCUCAGCUGUGAUAAACCCAAUGAAUUCACGCAUUCCUUCAAACUAGCAUCUGCGUACAAUGAUGAGAUUAUGCCAUUUACCAACUACACUUUUGACUUCAAGGGUAUCAUUGAUUACAUCUUCUACGCUAAGAACACAAUGACUCCGUUGGGUUUGUUGGGUCCGUUGUCGCUGGAGUGGUUACAACAGAACAAAGUGAUUGGCUGUCCCCACCCGCACGUGUACUCAGAUCACUUCCCCCUUCUCGUCGAACUCGAAAUGGUCCCCACCAUCACGUCUGCCUCCAUCAAUGGCGUUGUUGGGCAUAGAUCCAGAACAAAAUAUAACGGUCGAAAAAUGCACCAGCGAAGAAAGCAUCAGUCGUAUAACAUGCAUACCAACAAUGUAGAUAAUAUGUAUGGAGUGCCAAUAUCAUCAACAUCAUAUCAGUACCAGUAUCAGUAUCAGUAUCAUAAUGUAACACAUGAAGUUACAACAAUUAACGAUUUGAUAAACAUGCUCUCUCCGACCGACGAUUUGAUAAAUGACUAUGACUAUGACUAUAACCAUGACUACGACUUUGUGUGACAUAAACGUUUCGUCAAAAUUAGACAGAAGAAUCUCGAUUCAGCUUGGUCUAAACACAUAAGGUAGCAAUGAGUGGUCCCCACAAACUAGCCAUUGUCGCCUUUGCAUUUGCUGUACCUGUCAAAAAAAGACGCACGGUAACCAUGGAGAAGUCACCACAGUCAAUAGUGUUUGAUGAAAAGACAAACCAACCAACAUAUAAGCAACACCCGCAACGACUUUCUCAAGAUAAAACAGCAGUACCUGACACGGCAUCGUCCCAUAAACCAAAAAAAUUAAAAACGUAAAAACUGUCGCCCCCGUUUCAUUCAUUCUCUUUAGUGUUUUAUCAGUUGUGUAAGAUCAAGGUCUUCUGCAUUAGGCUAUAAAUAUAUUGGUGUUUAUUAAUAUUUCCAUAUAAACUCAAAAUCAAAAUUCGAUGAUUGAAUAUCAGGCAUAGAUAUUAAAAAUUACUGAAGAAUAUGCCAAUAAUGGCAGAUAUAAAUCUAAGAUGCAUGAGUAAAACUUUAUUUUCACGAAUAAUGAUCUCUUUGGGACACUGAAUGCUGCAAUUAUGACUUUAGUCUCUUGCUCAUCUAGUACCAUGUCCAUCUAUAAUUUCAAAAAGUUUAAGGAGUAAUGCAGCCCGCACACAUAAAAAUUUCUAUUACAUUUGGGGAGGGACAGUUCGAUGUCUAAAAGGCAAAAUUAUCAGUCGUACUCAGUUUUCCUGUUCGUGCGCGGUCACUGUAUCUGCGACUCGAUUCGAACAGGAAAACUGUGCCUAACUGGUGACUAUGACAUUCAGACAUGGUACUGUCAGUCCUGAUCUCAUCAGACACUUCAGAGUUCCAUUGUCAGCCAACUUUCUAUUAUUUUUAAAGAUUAUGCGUUCAAACUAUAUGAACAAUUUUUAGCUUUCUUGUUAUAUUAUGGUUUCCGUAGGUUUUCUAAACUUGGCAUCACAACACUACUUCAAACGGUUGAUUUUUUUGAGCAGAAUAGAGAUACGUCUUUACAGACAUUUUCUUAUCUUGAGACAACCUGAUGGCGAGUUUUCAAGGCCUUUAAUUAGUUGUGAUUUCGUAUCCUUAUAGGUCAUUGCAAUCGAUUAAGAAUUAAAUGCCUAGGUGGUGGGCUUGACUUGAACCUAAGACUGUAGGUCCUUAAAGUUGCGCUCAUUCUGGGGAUGAAAAACGAAGAGAUGAUAAACGAAACUCUGCUGCUAGACUCAUACGCACAUAAUCAAUUGGCAAAUGUCGUCGCGGUUCUCUUCACGUCAUUAUAUGUGCAACAUUAAGGGAUAUAUAGAAACUUCAAGGCUCAAGUUGGAUUUUUAAAAUCCUAUAACUCUUUGUUGUUUUUUUCCGAAAACAAUGUAUUGAAGAUUUAAGACUGCUGUUGUGAUUGUUAGAGUUAGUUGUCUGAAGAUAAAUUGAAAACAAUAUGUAUAGAUGUAGUAUGACGAGUACUGCGAUACAGCUUUCUACAAAAAUGUGAUGAAAACAUUGAAACUUCUCACUGUUAACCAUUAUUCUAGAGUAUUUGUCACUGUACAGAUUGAUUGGAACUUAUGGAAAUAGUCGUCUUAAGGAGUAAGGUUAAAGAAUAUUUUAGGAUAAAAAUGUUAAAAUUGGCUAUAUUAUGUGAUUACAAGAAUUUGAUUCACUUUAAGACACACUGAUAUAUCAAAGAAAAUUCUAUAGAAUUUAUUAUGGUAGGUCUGAAUGUUGUCUAAAAGAAUUAUGUGUAAAUAGAGGACAAUCUUAUACAACUGAUUAUCAUAUUCACUAUAGAAUCGUAUCCUUAUACGCACAUUUAAAAUAUAUGUUUAAACCUAAAGUAACUCUCACUUUUAUUUGAGGCUAUUUGUGCUUAGUAAUAAGAAGUUAAAUAUAUGCUUUAUUUAGGACACCGUGUACAUCAGUCAACAGAAUAACCACUAAAAACUCCUUUUGUUCAAUACGGUUUAAUUAGAUAAUAUAUAGAAGUACCUGACAUCAACAUUGAGCUUUUUACUAUGCUUCGCUAGACCACAGAUUAGAUAACAACCAUGUCACUUCGAUUAAACGGCCGCCAUUUAGAGUCAGAGAAUAAAAAUCGCCUCCUGUAAAUUCUCCUAGAAGUAAAUGGAAGAAGGAUAAGUCAAGUUCCGUGAUCCAGCAAUUCGAGUGACUGGCCAUGUUUACUGCAUGAGUAGCCAAGCGCUUAGAUAUCCGAGACACAGAGCAACAUUAACGCACAAUACAGCACGAAUUAUUGGAACUCUAUGGCUAACUUGGCGCUUGGUUACAUGCAGUUAUAAACAUAGCCAGUGUUGCCGCAUAUCGAUGGCAAUAUUUGUUUGCAAAACAACAAGUAACGACUACGUCUACAAUACAUAAAAUAUUUACCUUUGCAUUUAGUUCCUGCGCCCAUACUUCUGUCCACUGUACAUUCAAUUUAAACACCAUUAAGGAUAUCAGGAAAAAUUUACUAAAUCGCAAGACUUUGCGUCAUGCAUCGGAGAAAAAUGGGAGUAAACCACGAGCAGUGACAACCAAACUGACUCUUUACUGCUUAUAGUUCUUUGGGAAAACCACCAUAUUACGCGACGAUUUGAUGGUUGUAGAAUCGAAGUAUGAAUUUUUUUCUUAUCCAUUUUCUGUACUGUUUUCUCAUUUGCUCGUUGUUGCUUCUAUUUGCUUUCACGUUUGUUUAUUAUUUUUAUAUUUAUUGAAUGUUCUGCUUGCAUAUGUGUUUAAAUUAAAUACUCGGUAGAAGUAUGGACAUCGAUGUAGGAAGGAAAUGCAAUGGAAAUACAUAUCUUGUAGGUCUCGAGGUCUUUCAUCGUUCAUUUUUGUGAAAGCACUUCCCAUAAAUUGAAUAUUACUAGUAAACCGUUUUAUUUGUCAGAAUAGUAUCUUUUUACGAUUGCAAAGAGAGAAAAAGAAUGGUUACCGGUGACAGCAUAGUAAGCGGCUAAACUGGCACUGGCACGAAACACAAAAGUUGUUACAUCUUUGAUCCGUUUAGUUUUAGGAGAAUUCACAAGCGACAAUGUUAAUUUCCCCUACUGAAAUGACAGCCGUUCUUAUGUAAGCUGUGAAUAUACUAACAUUUCAUUUGUAUAUUUGUCAUGUAAUGUUGCUAAUGUAUUAAUUUUGUUGCUUUCAUAAGCUUCACAGAUACUUCAAAAAUAACUUUUUUUCUCAUCUGCUAGAGAGUCGAAUAUGUUUAGCUUCAAGAUAAGCUUGCUCUCGUUACUCUGAUUCUUUUUGACGCUAUUCAAGUGCGGGUUACUUUAGCUCAUUGUGUUUUUAACUUGUUUCUCGCAAGCAUGCGAUUUCAUACAAUAAGAUUAUGUUAGUAUGCUCCCUUCCGGGAACAGAAUUGCAGACGAUUUUGAAAGUGUAAAAAGUCUGAGAAUCGUGUACAUUUUCACGCUUGUAUAAUUUUAUGAAACUGAUCAAAUUCUCUUUAUAGUCGUCAAAGCAAAGUUAUAUCUUGGACGUCACCUUCUACAUUGAGUAGGGCAUAUUAAGAAAUGCAUAACAGGAAUUUCAUUGUCAUCGUGUUUUGUUUAUUUUAAGAUGUAUUAGUUUCGUGAUAUAAGAAAGCUAUAUUCUGUUAUUUCUGAUAAACCUACUCUUUGUAAAGGGUUUUUGAAAUAAUUUCCAAGUAAAACGUUUUGACAACUUGCCUUUUAGGUACUUUCUCAUCUUUUCGUGUGUCUUUAUAUAGUUCGUUUACAUUUUUUGUAAUUAUUAUUGUUUUAGCUGUAAUAAGUCAAGACUGCAACUUGUACGAGCUCAUAUGCUUUUUAAUCGAUUCUUUUUAUAUAUUUUUUGAUUGAUAAUUUUAAGUAUACAUUUCUUAGAGGUGAUAAUGAUGUGAUCUAAUUGUUUGCAGUCUUGACUAUUUUUAAUUUAUUUAUUAUAUAUGUAUGCGAACGACAAUGUUUAGAAUACUCAUCAAAAGUUUCAGAUAUGGUUUUUCAAUUACCCGGUUUUAGUACGAAAUUUACUCUGUCAUCACUGCUUCUUUGCGUCAAUUUAUGGACUCCAUCUAGGAGCAUUAUUAUACAUACUGAAAGCAAGUCCUAGUGUCAGCAUCUGUGGAAAAAAUGUGAACUUGACUUUCAUGUGUAUCCAGUAUACUGAUCCUCUCUCUUGUGAUGAUGAAUAUCCACUUAAUAGAUUUCUCAAUGCUUCAGAUAUUGUUUUGCCUCGUUUUGAUAAUGUGAGAACUGGAUCUUUGAUAAGUAUUCUGUUCUGAUACAAUUGUACAUCAUCGCUUGACUAAUAAUUCGUCGCAUCUUUUAUACACAAACUCAACCUUUUUGGCAUAUACCUUGAGACGCUUUCAGAAGCCAAUAAGAGAUAACCAUUAUUUUUAUAAGGAAAUGAACAUACUCAAAAUCAAAAAUCAAUCUUUGAACCUUAAAAAAGUUGAGCGUAAUAUUAUGUAUAAUUAAUUUUUAUUUUUACUGCCAGAAUAAUUAUUCGGUUUAGCAGCUUUGAAACAACCCGAUAGCUUUUUCGGCGUUGUCUACGUAGCUCCUUUACCGCAUUACUUGCGAAUAACGUAACGUUAGUCGGCAUACCUAGUAAUUUUACACCCUUCUUGGGUGUCUUGAAAUGUAUUUACUUGGGACAUAUACAAGAGAUUAAAAGACAUUGACUUUUCUCAUGAGUUGUGAUGAUCACAAACAAAUGUAUUUAUGGGGAGGUGACGUUAUCCAUCUGUCCAUAACACUUGAAAUUGAAAUUUUGUCAAUUUAUAGAGCGAGAAUACUGUGCAUAUAAUAAUACCACCAUAGACUCUGAAAACGGAGAAAUGAAACUGGUUUGGUGCAAUUUAUACGUCUAAAUAAAAAAAUUCACUCUGACAUGAUUUGAAAUACAAUGAAUCUUAAUAACGAAAAGGUAAAUUAUUUGAUACCACGUUUAUUUGAAGACUAACAUCCUAGUAUUUUUUAAGCUAUUAACAAAAUUUAUUUACAGCUGGUACUUAAUUAUCCAUACAAUUUGUAUCAAUUGUGGGCUGAAGCCAUCAUGGCUGGGAAUUUCUGAGUUAUUUCUGGUCCAAUUUGGUCUCAUUUCUGCAUAAAAUAAUAUAUAUUAUAUAUAAUAUUUUUAUAGGCCUUCAGUUCCAGCAAGUAUCGUAAAUGUAGGAUGGGAUUGAUAUUCAGGGAUUGUACGCGAAGAUUGUAAAGUAACAAUUCCUUUGUUUUAGUGGCGGUCUGCUUAGGAUCAUUAUCCUGCUGAAAGGUAAAUGUUUCCCUGAUCUCCAUUUUUUCAAUACUGCAGUUCAGGUUAUUGCGCGUAAGGUCAACAUACUUGUCUGCACGUCGUGGAAUGGUGUUGGGAAGGCAUUCUCAACAUUGCAUUUUGCGCAAUAACUUGAACAGCAGUAUGGGUAGGAUGAAAAAUGGGGAUCAGGAAUACAUCUUCUAGCAGGAUAACGAUCCUAAACACACCUCCAAUAUUUACUUUACGAUGUUCCUGCACAACUCAAAACUCCACCGCAAUCCCAGAAUACCAAUCCCAUUAUACAUGUGUGGCACUUUCUGGGCCUGGAAGUCCGAAAAAGUAAAAUUUCAGCCCAACGACAGCCACAAGGCGUUUUUAAGGAGGAAUAGGACGAAAUUGGACCAGAAUUAACUCAUAAUUGAUGCAAAUUUUAUGAUAAAAGUACUAACUGUACAUACAUUUUGGUAACACUUAUACACUUGUUUUUUUGCUAGUGUGCCAAUAUUUGUUUACCCUUGAUUUUCAUAGCUUCUUUUAUUAGUCUUAUUUGCUCAAUCUAUUGCCAUCAAAAAAUGACUAUUUCUUUAUUAGUUACUUCUUAAAUAAAUUUGGUAUGAAAAAUGCAUUCAUUAUUGAGAUUCAAGAUAAAAUUAUUGUGUGCCAAUACUUUUUGACUCCCUGUAGCAUCGUAAAAAAUUAUAAUGACGAGAACAGUUUGUGAAAGAAGCCUUUGUCUUAAUAUUGAGACACUCUGUCUACAAAUUACCUUUUGGUGGAAUCUGGUCUUUUGCUAAUAUAAGAGAGACAACGUGGAAUACUACGUGAUGAUUCUCGAAACUGACGUGGAGUAGUCAAAUUUAAAACCUACCAGCGUUUCAUCAAGGCAACGAAUCUCCAAAGAAUCAAUUAUAGAUCUAACCUUUCCCAAUAUUCAACUACAUUUUAUGUUAAAAUGGGCCUGGAGCUAAGAAGUCUUUGGUGUCCGCAUAGUAACCGAGGGUAUUGGUCUGAAACAGACUUAUGUUCUGAUCUAGAGGAUGGACUGAGGUAUUUCGCAAUUCUAUAAGACGAAAUCUCACUAGACUUCGAUUUGACAUUGUUAACUGCUACAGGAGUCAAGUUUCACAAAUUGUACAAAUAUUGCGCUAUCUCUUUAAGUAGAAAUGUUUGCGACCAGGAAUGUCUUUUCUUAUUGCAUUUUUUACAUUACAUCAAACGUUGAACGCGGUUAUGACUACUAUCGUCCAGUCAAAUGCAACCAAUUUUCCAGCCAGUCCGACCAGCAUUUCUUUGUGUGGAAAUUUUUGGCCACCAAUUUUAUACUGUUGUCUCUAUGGAAUGCUUCCAUCCGUUUUAUAUAUUUGGUCCAGUCUAGUACUGUUUUAUAAACUAAAUUAAUAUGUGAUUACAUAAUCUUGCGACUAUUUGCCACGUCAGUUAAUUUAAACCACAUAUUUUUUAUUUAAUUGACCAUAUUGUAUUUUUUUGGUCUUUGAAGUGUGUGAGAAAUAAUGCAGUCAGUCACCCUAGCAAUAGAAACAAUGUGACUUGAAAGAAACUACAAUGAUAUUUCUGUAUAAACAUAACUAUUAUGGUAUUUUAUACAAAACCACUUUAGAUGUUGAAAGUUCAUCUCAGUUUGAAAGGUAUGUGAGAUGCGGUACGUUCCGAUAUUAUUUUUGUAAACCACUAUAGUAUCUCAAAAACUACCUGUGCCAGAAUAUAAUGUAGCUGUAGUUCAAAGCAUCACCUAAAAUGUUUUCACAAAAAGCUUGGGCAAUGUUUUAGUAUCUUUCCAUACGUACAGAACGACAGUUGAUCAAUGACGACAGGAAAUAAAGCAACAACAAAUGCUCGUAAUGUUGGGAUAAUUGCUAUUAGAGGCAUAUUUCUCUUAGGUAAAUACAUUUGUUAUUUAGCUAUUUUAAUGUCUAAAAUUUCAGCCAUUUUUGAGGUACAGUUGAGCGCUAUACUAGUCAACAUGUUUGAAUCUCAAAACAUCUGAUAUCUGUAAAUCUAUAUGGAACGUGCGGUUGAGUUUCUCGAAAAAGGGAACUAGUGAAUAUGUAUUUCGAACAUUUGUUCAAGUCACUAAAGAGGUACCGAGGUAUUAUGUGAUCGGAACUAGUACAUAUGGCAUCCUAUCAUACUGUAGGCGAGUUAAUUCUUUUAAUUUGGAAAAUGGUUUUAGGUGGCUUUCAAUUUAGGUGACUCGAAUGAUUAAUUAGAUUGAGAUAGAAAUGAAAGAAUUUUUCCAAUAAGAAAAGGGUUAAUUUUGAAGGCCCUUAAGUUCAUAAUAAAUUCAUUGGUCGAAUCAUUAUCACAUCUAAAUGCAUUCGCCGUUGUACCCAAACAACGUUUUGGAUUAUGGUGAAUAGAUCAGGAAAAAAUCAUCGCCUAUUUUUUUUUUGCUAUUACGUAGUAGUGGAUCUCUAUUAAUUUCAUUUUACAAACCCGAGACCAGACGCAUAGUUUUCAACAUGGUUGCCGCUUCCACAGACGUCCAAGUUGCCAAGAGGAUUUUCUUGUUCAAUAUGCAGUUUUUACCAUCUUGUGAAAAUUCUAAUGAACAAGGUUUGCUCAACUUCUCGAUGAGUAUGCUCUCUUAUAAAGUGCGGACUUCAGACGUGACAUAAUCCUCAUUUGUAGUUUAAUAUAUCAAGUGUUAACAAAAGUGUUGCAUAUACCUUUUAUACCUGUAUUACAAAGAUGAUUUCAAAUUUUUAUAACAAUAAGGUAAAUAGAUUGGUUUAGCUAGCUGUAGCUAUAAGUAUUUUGAAUAAAUCCAUCAAUAGCUCUAUAAAAUGUUGAGAUAGCGAAUUUGACAACAAAUAUUUUAUUUUGAGAAUCUAAAUGGCACCUUCCGCGCAAGGGCGGCAAACAGCAUAUUCGAAAAAUAUAUCUUUUAGUACAACGAAAAAAGCUAUAUGCAACAUCUCAGUCGACAGGCCUUGUAAGUGAAUAUAAUGGAAUUCGUUUCAUCACGAUAAUUUUAUCAUUUUGAAAAAAAAACGAAUUAUCUGCCUUAUGGCUACCAUGCGCACUACAUCUGAAUAAAGCUCUGUACUUCUUAAAGAGUAGUCCAUUUGCGUCUUUAUUUGAUGCUCUAGGUAUGCCUUUUAAUGAUAUUUCUGAAUUCUGUAAUUUGUCUCGUAAAAAAUGUUUUUUUGGUUUAUCCAGUUAGGUACUUAAAUUGUGACAAUUUUUAUGUAUAAUAUGAUUUUAUAAGAUCUCAGAUUUUAUAUUAUGUUCUUCAGUAGUGCUUAUGGUAUUGGACAAUGGUUUUAAUGUAAUUUUAAGUUUAAAGCUAGGCGUUCUUUAAACAUAUUUAUGUAAAAAUAGAAUAAAAAUAAAGAAC